AUGGGCGGCUCAAUAUCCAAGAUGAUGGCCAAGAUCUUUGGCAGCAAGGAGAUGCGCCUGUUGAUGCUCGGUCUCGAUGCUGCCGGCAAGACGAGUGACNNCAUCCUCUACAAACUCAAGCUGGACCAAGACGUGACGACAAUCCCCACCGUCGGUUUCAACGUCGAGACCGUCACAUACAAGAACACCAAAUUCAACGUCUGGGAUGUCGGCGGUCAGGACAAGAUUCGUCCUUUGUGGCGACACUACUUCUCGGGCACUCAGGGCCUGAUCUUCGUUGUCGACUCGAACGAUCGCGACCGCAUGGACGAGGCUCGCACUGAGUUGACUCGCAUCAUUCAAGACCGCGAAAUGAAGGAUGCCCUGCUGCUAGUCUUUGCCAACAAGCAAGACGUGAACGGAUCCAUGCGACCAAAGGACGUUUCGGACGCUCUCAACCUCAACGUCAUCGCAAAGAACCACAUCUGGAAGGUCGAGCCCAGUUGCGCCACCACCGGCGAAGGCAUCUUCGAGGGCCUCGCAUGGCUGAGCAGCCACAUAAAGGUGCCUGCGAAAUAA